AUGUGGAACAGGUUCGAUGGUGGGAUUUUCGGUUCAAGCAAGAGUCAUCUCAUUUUUGUCGUGAUGUCUGCGAAGAGAAGGGGCCAAGAGGUGAAGAUGGCCCGGCGGUCAGGGUGGCCCGGUGUGGGUCUGGCCAUCCCGCUGCUGCUGACACUUCAGUCCACACUUCCUUCCAUUCCUUGGGGAAGGUCAUUGGUUAGCUUGCCGGAAGCUGUCAAGAAGGUGUCUGCCUCGGCAGUGCAUGCUGUGCUGCCCGAAGCGGAGUUGCUUGGGAAGCCUCAUCUGAUCGGGUUCUAUGCGGAGCAGUCGAUGGAGGCGAAGCGAAUGCGAUUCUUGGGUGAUUUGCUCGAGAAGGAGCUACCAGGCACAAAGAUCGUUUGGCUGGAGGCGUGGGAUAACCCACUCAAUGAGAGGCUUCGGGCAACGAUCGACUUGAGGAACCAGUGUGGCGGCGUACCAUAUCUCUUCAACCGCAAGACCGGGAAGGUCCUGUGUGGAGUUGUGGCAUACGACAAGCUGAGAGCAUGGGCCCAGGGGUUGGGCGGCGAUGCGAGGAUCUACCGAGACCUUGGUGAGUGA